GUCUACGUCGGCGCCUGGUCCGACUGGACCAAGGGUCGCAUCAUGGGCGCCGUAAUUACCGUUCCCUCUUGGGCCGGUGGCUUGGUGGUUGCCCUGCUUGCAGUUUUCAUCCACGCGGCCAGCAUACAUCUUUGGCAUCUCGUCCGCUUCGCUCUGCACCAAAUCCUCACGACAGACAAGGGCAUCCACCCGAUCGGGCGGCAGGUGCAGGCACUCCUUCGCAAC